AUGGACCUCACACCAGAUUUCCCCGGCGGCGACGGCAACGCGCACACGGAAACGACGAUUUCCAGGAUCCCCAAGAUACUGCCCCACGAACGAGUCUUCCCGAUACAAAUUGGCACCGAGCUAUUCAAGCUGUCGGGCGCUUCUCUCUCUUCUGACGCUCCGUCCUACUUUUCGCAGUACUUUCUCUGCCAGCUAAAAGCGGCAGAGAACAAUGGCGAGGAUCCUGGCGCGGCCAUCCGCACGCUCUACAUUGAUCGAGAUCCCGAGACCUUUCGAGACAUUGCGCUCCACCUACAGGGGUACCAUGUCGAGCCUCGCGACGGAACCCACUUUGUGCGGUUAUUCGCUGACGCGCAGUUCUAUCACCUACCGAGGCUGAUUUCUCAGCUCUACGACGAAUCCAUCUUCAUCUCCAUCGGCCACCGCGAGCUACGCGGCCUUGUUCACCAACCCCACGACGUAUUCCCCGGUCUCGAGCGCGAGGGACUGAUACGCCCGCCCUCCAUCUUGCCGCCGUCGGUGCCGCGCCGAUCGGCCGAUACGUUUGCCGAGCUCUUGCAUCUGCUCAAGGGGUACCCCGUCCACGUACGCAACGAUGCGCAUAGGGCGGAGCUGCUGCGAGACUGUCGCUACUUCAACUUCAAAGGGUUGGAACAGCGUCUGAUUCCGCACCACGCGAGCUUCAACCAGGCGCGCAAUAAGAACGAGAUCGUGAUCCGGCUGGAAGACAUAUUAAAGAGCGGCAUUAACAUCCCCAUCGAAGUGCCCGAGUCUCCGGUAAACUGGGUCAAUUAUGCCCGGCCUUUUGUCGACAAGCAGGCGGCAGAGCUAGUACUAGAGAUUGGGGGCGAGACUACGCGGCUACACUUUAACAGCGGCUCCGGCCCGCGGGCCGAGUUCUUUGGCGACGUACGGACGAGGGCCGCUCGGCCUGUUGAUGGCGACGGGCGGGGCGAGCAGCCUGCCGCCCUCGCCCGGGAGCACGCCCUCAGCGACGACUUUGUCAGCAUCAUCAUCGAGCCGGAGACGGCCAUUGUUCUGGACGGCGAACCGUACGUCUACGACGAGGGAGGGGUGCCCAACGGGACGACGUCGAGGAGCAGGAGCAUCGACACGUUUUCUAGACCCGCUGCGGUGCCUCCCUACAAUGAGUGGACGGUUAGCCGCGGCCAGUGGCGUCUCCGCUUGCACCGGACGACCAACGGCAAGAGCCAGUUCGAGUGCGUGCUCGUUGCCGUGAAGCUCGAGGCUGUUUCCUCGGAGAGGGGAAGGAAUGCUGCGCGCGGUUUCUUGAAUUCCUAG